AUGCCGGAAGUUGAAGCAGCUAUAGCUGCUCCAACUCCUGUUUCUGCUUUAGUACAUUCAUCAACUCUUGUUACUGCGGGAGUUUAUUUAUUAAUUCGAUUUAAUCAUUAUUUAAUUUAUAAUAAAAUUUACUUAUUUUUUUUUUUAUUAUUAGGAAGUUUAACUAUAUUAAUAUCUGGUUUAGGGGCAAAUUAUGAAAUAGAUUUUAAAAAAAUUAUUGCGUUAUCUACAUUAAGUCAAUUAGGGUUAAUAAUAAGAAUUUUAUCUUUAGGUUAUGUAAAAUUGGCUUUUUUUCAUUUACUAACUCAUGCUUUAUUUAAAGCUUUAUUAUUUUUAUGUGCAGGGGUUUUUAUUCAUAGAAUAAUAAAUUUUCAAGAUAUUCGAUUUUCAGGAGGAUUCUCUAAUCAAUUAAUUAUUGUAUUAAUUUAUUUUAAUAUCUCUAGGUUAGCUUUAUGCGGGAUACCUUUUUUAGCGGGAUUUUAUUCAAAGGAUAUAAUUUUAGAAUUUGUAUUAAUAUCUAAUGUAAAUAUUAUGAUUUUUUUUUUUUUUUCAACUGGUUUAACAGUUAUAUAUUCUUUUCGUUUAAUUAAUUAUUAUCCAAUUAAUGGUCAUGGACUAUAA